ACCACAGAAGCAGAAGCGGGGAGCCUCGGAGAGUCUCAGCCACCGACCGGCCUGGCAGCGGCCCCGGCCCCGGCCCCCUUGGCGCCGCCGCCGCCUGCAGCGUAGGGCACCGGCCGGGAGGCUCCCGGGGCUGCAGCUCCCCGCGCCCAGCACAUCAGGAACGUAUCAGUUUGAUGAAAUUUGAUUUUAAAAAAUGUCCAGAAAGAGCACAGACUAUGGAGUGCUGCCGGAGUAUGAGAAGAGCCAGAUUAAAAGGACUCUGGAGCUGGGAACAGUUAUGACAGUGUUCAGUCUCAAGAAGUUUACUCCAGAAAGGAGGACCAUCCAAGUCAUAAUGGAAACCAGGCAGGUGGCCUGGAGCAAGACAGCUGACAAGAUUGAAGGUUUCUUGGAUCUGAUGGAAAUAAAGGAAAUUCGCCCUGGGAAAAACGCAAAGGAUUUUGAGCGCGGGAAAGCAACACAGUAUAAAGAGCAUUGCUUCACUAUUUUUUAUGGUACCCAGUUUGUUCUCAACACCUUAAGCUUAGCAGCUGAUUCCAAAGAUGAUGCUGAUAAAUGGCUGUGUGGCUUGAAUAUCUUGCAUCAAGAGGUUAUGAACGCGUCCACACCUGCAAUCACAGAGAGUUGGCUGAGAAAGCAGAUCUACUCUGUUGACCAGACUAGAAGGAACAGUAUCAGCCUUAGAGAACUGAAGACCAUACUUCCCUUAGUAAACUUCAAAGUAGGCAGCGUGAAAUUCUUGAAGGAUAAAUUUGCGGAAAUAGGAGCUCCCAAAGAAGAACUUAGCUUUGAACAAUUUCACGUGUUCUACAAGAAAAUUAUGUUUGAACAGCAGAAAUCGAUUCUUGAUGAAUUCAAAAAGGAUUCUUCUGUGUUCAUUCUUGGAAAUACUGACCGUCCAGAUGCUUCAGCAGUUCAUUUGCAUGACUUCCAGAGAUUUUUGCUACAUGAGCAGCAGGAGUCUUGGGCACAGGAUCUCAGUAAAGUCCGAGAACGAAUGACAAAGUUUAUAGAUGACACUAUGAGAGAAACUACUGAGCCCUUCCUCUUUGUGGAUGAGUUUCUCACUUACCUUUUCUCAAAAGAAAACAGUAUUUGGGAUGAUAAAUAUGAUGCAGUAGAUGCUCAGGAUAUGAAUAACCCUUUGUCCCACUACUGGAUUUCUUCCUCUCACAACACAUACCUCACAGGAGACCAGCUUCGAAGUGAAUCUUCCCCAGAAGCUUAUAUCAGGUGCCUUCGAAUGGGAUGUCGAUGUAUUGAGCUGGAUUGCUGGGAUGGUCCUGACGGGAAGCCGAUCAUUUAUCACGGAUGGACACGGACAACAAAAAUCAAAUUCGAUGACGUGGUGCAGGCAAUAAAGGAUCAUGCAUUUGUCACAUCCGAGUUCCCAGUGAUCCUGUCGAUUGAAGAGCACUGCAGUGUGGAACAGCAGCGCCACAUGGCCAAAGUAUUCAAGGAGGUGUUCGGGAACCAACUCCUAAUGAAGCCAAUCGAAGUCAGUGCAGAUCAGCUGCCGUCGCCAACCCAGCUGAAAGAAAAAUUCAUCAUCAAGCAUAAAAAACUUGGACCAAAGGGAGACAUAGAUAUGAACCCAGAAGACAAGAAAGAGGAGAAAAAGCAACAAGGAGAACUCUACAUGUGGGAUACGAUAGAACAGGCAUGGACUCGGCACUAUUGUGCUAUAGCAGAUGAAAAGCUCUCAUUCAGUGAUGCUAUAGAACAGAACGCUGAUGACGAUUCAUUAAAGGACGUGAAACGUACUGAGUUGCACUGCAACGAGAAAUGGUUCCAUGGGAAAAUGAAAGAGGGGAGAACUACUGCUGAGAGGCUGAUCCAGGAAUAUUGUGCUGAAAUGGGUGGCAAGGAUGGAACGUUCCUAGUUAGGGAAAGUGAAACUUUCCCUAAUGAUUACACCCUGUCAUUCUGGAGGUCAGGUAGGGUCCAGCAUUGCCGUAUCCGUUCUAGUAGUGAAGGAGAUACCAUGAAAUAUUACCUGACCGACAACCUCACCUUUGAUAGUAUCUAUGAUCUCGUUCAACACUACAAGGAAGCCCACUUGCGAUGUGCUGAGUUUGAGCUGCGUCUGACUGAUGCUGUGCCUAACCCCAAACCUCAUGAAACUAAAGAUUGGUACUACCGUAACCUGAGUCGAGGAGAAGCAGAAGACAUGUUGAUGCGAAUUCCUCGAGAUGGAGCGUUUCUGAUUAGAAAGAGAGAUGAGCCCGAUUCAUUUGCCAUGACGUUCAGAGCUGAGGGGAAAGUGAAGCACUUCAGAAUUCGACAAGAAGGCCGCCACUUUGUGCUGGGCACCUCUGCCUACUUUGAAAGCUUAGUCGAACUGGUGACCUACUAUGAAAAGCACACGCUGUAUAGGAAAAUGAAACUGCGUUACCCUGUGACUGAGGAACUGCUAGAGCGCUACAGCACGGAGAAAGAUAUUAAUUCACUCUAUGAUGUCAAGAUGUAUGUGGAGCCUAACGAAAUAACCCCAUCAGUGCCUCAGAGAACAGUGAAAGCCAUAUAUGACUAUAAAGCUAAAAGAAGUGAUGAAUUGAGCUUCUGCAGAGGGGCCCUAAUUCAUAACGUCACAAAGGAAACAGAAGGCUGGUGGAAAGGAGACUAUGGAGAAAAAGUCCAACACUAUUUUCCAUCUAAUUACGUUGAAGACAUGUCAACUGAUAACCUUGCAGACCUUGAAAGCCAGAUUAUUGAGGACAACCCCUUAGGAACUCUGUGUCGUGGCAUAUUGGUCCUCAGUACAUACAAUGUCGUGAAAAUGCCACAAGGGAAGCAUGACAAGGCUUUUGUCUUCGUACUGGAACCCAAGAAUCCAGAAGAUCCUCCUGUUGAAUUUGCAACUGAUACAGUGGAAGAGCUGUUUGAAUGGUACCAAGACAUCAGGAAAAUCACAUUGAAAUCUACAGAAGAGGAGCAUAUGAGGAAGUACUGGGAAAAGAAUCAAUUAAUUGCCAUUGAAUUAUCCGACUUGGUAAUCUACUGCAAACCUACAAGCAAAUCCAAGGACAAUUUAGAAAAUCCUGAUUUCAGAGAAGUCCGUUCUUUUGUGGAAAACAAGGCUGAAAGUGUUGUCAGGCAGAAGCCUGGUGAACUGCUGAAAUACAACCAAAAGGGACUGACGCGGGUUUACCCUAAAGGACAGAGGGUUGACUCAUCUAAUUAUGACCCAUUUCGUCUCUGGUUUUGUGGCGCCCAGAUGGUGUCUCUUAAUUUCCAGACCCCAGAUAAAUACAUGCAAAUAAACCAUGCCUUGUUUUCACUUAAUGGACGGACUGGAUAUAUUCUGCAGCCAGAAAGCAUGCGAAAUGAGGACUAUGACCCAAUGCCAAGUGAAUCAAAGAGGAAAUUGCAGAUGCUUUUGACAGUGAGGGUUUUAGGUGCUCGCCAUCUGCCUAAACCUGGCAGAAGCAUUGCUUGUCCAUUUGUAGAAGUGGAAAUUUGUGGGGCCGAAUGUGAUAAUAGCAAGGUCAAGACAACUGUUGUGAAUGACAAUGGCCUUAACCCAGUUUGGGCACCCUGUCCAGAGCAAGUGAAGUUUGAAAUUUAUGAUCCUAACCUAGCGUUUCUGCGCUUCGUUGUUUAUGAGGAGGAUAUGUUCAGUGACCCCAACUUCUUAGCACAUGCCACUUUCCCCAUCAAAGGAGUCAAAUCAGGUUUUAGGUCAGUACCUCUCAAAAAUGGUUACAGUGAAGAUAUAGAGCUGGCUUCCCUUCUGGUUUUCUGUGAAAUGCAGCAAGUUCUGGAAAGCGAAGAGGAGCUUUAUUCAUCGUGUCGGCAACUUCGGCAGCGCCAAGUAGAACUGAACAACCAGCUGUUCCUGUAUGACACUCACCAGAACUUAAGGAACCCUAACAGAGAUGCCUUACUAAAAGAAUUCAGUGUGAAUGAGAACCAAUUACAAAUGUACCAAGAGACAUGCAGCAGGAGAUUAAAGGAGAAGAAAGUCAGUAACAGCAAAUUCUACUCCUAGAGAAGCUAUUCCUUUUGGUGCACCUUUUAGAAAGUCACUCAGGAAGAGACAUUAAUUUACCCUGAUCGUCGUACUCAGUGAAGGUCUCAUCAGGCUGAAUUUACUAAGAAGAAAGAUGGGUUUCCUAAUAUUUUCUUGUUAUGGGAGGAACUAUUUUCAUUGUUGUUUAAUUUAUCUUCUGUACAAAGCAUACACACAGUGCAGGCUAGAUUUUCUGCAUAUUCAAGUUAUUAUUUGCAUCCAGUAUCACAAAUCUUAGAGUAAGAAGGAAACUAAGGGUCAGCUUUUCACAGCUACAGGGUGUGCAGACAACUUGCAUGCAUUUGUGCAGGCCCUACUUACCCUUAAAAAUACCCAAAGUGCAAGUACAAAUCAUCUACAGUAUUUGUGUGCACAGGACACAAGUUAGGCAUUCACAACUAUUUGCACACACACACGUUAAUAAUCUGACUCCUUAUGAUUGACAGAUAAUAGGUUUAAUUUAUUAAAUGCUGUAAAAGCACUUUUACAAUAUGAUUGUGACAUCAGAUACAGCAGAUUGUAUCCCCCACACAUAAAAUAUUCUGGGUAAUGGAUGGUUAUGCUGUAUUUUCUUCUGAUAGAUUUUCUUGUUACAUUUUUUAAUACCAGUGAAUGAGUUAAUUUUUUAAAACUAAAUGUACUCCAAGAUUGUAGAUGGGUUAUUUGUUGGAUUCUAUGAAAAACUUUAAAAAAGAGAAAUACGACAUUAUUUUGUGUCACGUAAAUCAGCUCUGUCAAGGCGGUGCAAGAAAAUAUUUUUAAUACAUAAGGUAGGAGCUAUCCUUUGCUCCUAGACAGGAAAGGUAUUUUAAACUGCAAUUGGAUAAUUUACUUUGGUGUAACAUCGUUUCUCAUAUCCUUCCAGCUGCUAAUCUGCAUACAAAUGAAUUGUUUGCAAACUAUCCAUCUGUAGUCUUGCAGACCUUCUUACAAGAUAAUGUCAAACAGGACUGUUUGUUUUUUUAAUGUUGUCUGUUUUCCCAAAAUAUAUUUAAUCCAUAACAUAACUGUGCAGAAAUACAGACAGAUACAUUAUCCUUAUGGUUUCAGUCACUAGUAGGAACAUAGAAGUUAUAGAUGGAAAAAACCUAUUAGAUCAGCAAGUUUGUUUCCCUGCAAGAACAGAACAGUCUUUGGAUGAUGUAUCAGAUACCAGACAUCUUAAUAUUUGUAUGCAUUGAUUCUUCAUGUUAGCAGCACAUUACUCAUUAAUAAGAAACGACUAGUCACAGUAUGCAUAUGUGGGUGGAGUUUUGCAAUCUAUAUGUUUGAAUGUGCAUUUCAAAUAAGUAUAGAAGAGAUUCUUUUCUUCUAAGUAAUUGCCCAAGGCUUAAAGUGAUACAUGGGUAGUGCUGGAUCUCUCACCACUGAAAUCCUGUUUGGGUUUGGAAUUCAUUGCACAGUGAACUCCCUCAGCGGUUUUCAGUUUUCCUUGCUCCCCUUACUACCACUUCUGCUGAUCUGCUGUCUCAAGAUUCAGUUAAUUGAUUCCACUAUGCAUUCACAGAUGAUAUUUCAAGGAGCACCCUUGAGGUUUUAGUUAUUCCUGAAAAACAGUCCUGUCUCAUUUAACUUCAUAUGAAAGUGCUAUAGCAGAGAGUCAGGAAAUACUAGGGUUGGGCUUCGAAUUUCCCUCUGCAUACAAACUCCCUGAAGAUGUGGGCUUCUCUUGUACAUUUUUUGGAAAUUAAAUGCCAGGUACUGAAUCCAAAAGAUGAGAGAGGAGAGUAGAUUAAAGGCAGCUCUCUACUCUUCUCCUUCCUGAUAAGUCGAAAAACUAUUCCGUCCCCCAAUGGAGUUGGGAUGCACAGCCUGGGACUAAAAGGAAAAGAACUUUUUGCAUGUAGGUUCAGAUUUCUUCCCCAUCCUGCUUCCUGCCAAAUCACCUCCACAGACCGUAUUGCCUAGGGGCUGCCAUGGGGGAGUUUGUUUGAUGCCAGGCAGCCAAUUAACAGGCAGGACAGGAAAGAGAAAAUUCCAGAAAUCCUUGCAUGCCAGACCACUGCGUGCCUGCAAAGUUUUUUCUUACAGGACAUCCACUUCCCUUAAAAAAAAAAAAAAAAAAAAAAAAAAAAAAGAAACUUUGAGCAGCUCCUGGAGCCAUAUGUAAGGAAACACCCUGGCUAUGCUGUGUUCUCAUUUCUCAGGGAAGUAUUUUGGAUAUAGUGUUUUGACUGCUAGAGCCUUGAGGUGAGAGAUUCUCCUUGGACAAGAGCCCAAUAAUUUUCUACCAAAAAUUCCAAACUAAAUAAAAAACAUCAGCUGUGGUUUCUGGACAUAAAUUGUCCAUGUGGCAUAAUUGUCCUGGCUUCUCUCAUUGUUAUAAGCAUUGCUGCCACAGAACACCAUGUGUAUGAUGAAUCAUAUUGUUCUCUACUACUGCUGUGUAAAUGUUUAUGAAUUAGCACAUUGCAUCGCACUUCAAAAUGUCAAAAUGAUUCUCUGCACAUGUGCUAUGUUAAACUGGUUGUGAGAAGAGCCCUUGAAUGUAUGUUUAAGUUCAACUCAUUUUACAGUGAGCUACUUUUCCAGAAUCACUCUUCCCAAAUAUUGUACUAUACUUGGAAGAAAAAGAGUUGAAUUACCAAUUUUGCAGGCAUUCAAGACCUGGUCAAAAUUGAGAAUAGUUCUUUCUAUCCUAAUUUCUUUCUAUCCUAAUGUUAGAGCACUUUCACCCAAAAAUCUCUGGAUACUUUGCCGGGGUAAACUCCAUGUCUGUUCUUUCAUGGCUUUCAGACUGUUAUGAUACUGUUGAUAUUGAUGUAUGUCAGAUGUUAUUCACCCUAGAGGUGAAGUCUGACCAAAACAAAACUGAAGGCUGUAUCUACUUGGAAGGACAGUAAUCCUGAUGUUCACCAAACAUUAAAUUAGGGAACGAAUUUCUGCACAUGCAGUUUCCUUAAUUACACAGGCAGAUGCCCUUUGCAUGAGCACAUGCAGUUACCUGCUCAUGCGGUAAAUUUUAUGUCACUUGGGGUCUUUCAAUCAAGGCUGGAAGUCCUUCUAACAGAUCAGUUCUAGUUCAGCUACAUGUUGCUGGGUGUGAUGCAGGUGAAAUCUGUAGCCUGGGUCAUGCAGAAGGUCAAACUAGAUGAUCUUAAUGGCCUCUGCGGGCCUUUAAAUCUAUGAAUAUAAUAUGCUUUUAGCCAAUCAGGAGCCAAGAUUUCCUUCUCCUAUGUAACAACAGUGUUUAUGGGCAUGUCUACAUAGCAUCUGAGCCUGAGCCUUCCAGCCCAGGUCCACAGACGCAUGUUGAUGGGGCUCACACUAGCUCUCUACAAAUAGCUGUGUAGAUGCUGCAGCUUGGGCUGGAGCUCAGAGCAACCGUGGCUUGAGCUGGGAAGCUUGCUUUCAGAUUCAGUGCACACUUGCCCUAUGUGCAACCUAAGCUGUUAGUUCGGUUUUGAUGAGUCCCAACUCCAUUUCUAUUUAGUGCUAAUCUGCAUUCUUAGGUCCCAAGCGCACGCUUAACUGAAGCAUUAGUUAUUCCAUUGACUUAACGGAAGUGCUUUUCUGGAUUGGGAUCUUAGUCCUUGGAAUCAAACAAACCUCCCAGAGCUACUAAAGAUAAGGAUUUCUGCCGUGUGUGUAAACCACCAAUGCUUAGAACAAUGUUCCUUGAGGAUCAUGUUAUAUAUUGUUAGAUUAAACAAUCUGGUAUAUUGUUGAAAAUGUGGGAACUUUUUCAGUAAUUAGAAAAUAAUGAACAUUUUUGAAGGAAAAUGCAUUGUUGUUGUUUUUUUAGGAGCAGAGGGUGUAAAAACCGAGUCAGUUCUCUGGGAACUGGGGUGGAGGUAAUUGAAAUUUAAUUUAUUUUUUUUAAAUAAAUAAGUAUAUAUGUGCAUUAAAAGUGUGUGUGUAUGUAA